GUAACUCUUGCUUUGACAUUGCUUUCGUAUUCUUUUGACGAGCUUUUUGUGCCACUCUCUAGAAGAAAAACGAUAUAGCAGAGAAACUCGAAUAUUCAUUCAAGAAUUCCCUCGUAUAUAUACGAGACGUAAACCACCGCCAUAAAGACUCAACAACAACCUUCAAAAAAAAGAAGAAGAAAAAAAACUCAAAUUCUCUCUCUACUAUUAUGCCACAGGUCGAUUUGGAAACGCUCGUUUCAGCCUGCGCCGGAGCUUCCUCCGACCGGAAAGUCGCCUGCGAGCCUCCUCCCGACGACCAUCCGGACUCGCCGCCGGCCUCCUUCUGGCUCUCCGGCGACGCCGAGUACGACUGGUGGGACCGCAACGCCGUCUACGAGCGAAACGAAUCCACCAAAGGAAACUCAAUUUCCUCCUCUGUAAACCCUAACUCCAACUCCAACUCCAACUCGCAGCGAUUCUCGAAGAAUCUGAAAUCCAAAGCUGCGAUAAUCGGCUUGCCGAAGCCGCAGAAGACUUCCUUCGCCGACGCCAAGAGCCGCCGCUGCCACCGCCCGGGAAACGCCAGGCUCUUCCCCAAGCGGAGCGCGUCCGCCGGCGGAAAAUCGGAAUCCUCCGUCAUCGAACCUUCCUCGCCGAAGGUCUCCUGCAUAGGGAGAGUGAGAUCGAAGCGCGACCGGAACCGGAGGCUGAGAAACCGCCAGCGAUCCGUCUCCUCCACCGUAACCGCCGCCUCCGCCCCCGCCGCCUCCGCCGCCGCCGUCACGAGGCAAAAGUCGUCGCGCAGCCAGAGGAAGAAGACCGGCUUCUUCGAAAGCGUUCGCGCUAUUUUCCGGUCCGGCCGAAGAGGAAAGCCGGUUCAGAAGGCCGAUCUUCCGGCCGCGGACUCGUCGUCGAAGAAGAAAAGAAGUUCCGGCCAACAAGCGCGAGGAAGCGCGGCGAGCCGAAACGACGCGUCGUUCGAAGAACCGGUUUCGAGUGCGGCGCCCGGUUUGGGUGCCAUGAACCGGUUCGCGUCCGGGAGAAGAACCGAGGCGUGGGGAGUUGGUGAAUCCGAAAUCCACGUGGCGCAAUAGGAUUCGUUUUGACGUGCCGUACAAAUUAUGUGACGGCGUCAGUGGGGCCCAACGUUUUGAAUAGGUUUGGGAAGUGUGACGUGGCACGUUGAAUAACGGCUAUUGGUGGCUAUAUGUAACUGUAGUACUCUAGUGUAUGUAGGUUGAUAAACGUAGUUUUCUUUUGAAGCGUGGUGAAGUUUGGUGCCCCCUUUUUUUUUGUCUCUUUCUGUUUCCGCCAUAACGACACCGUUUUGUAAAUACCAUUCAUGUGAAUGUGAUGUACUGCUUUAGUCCUUUCAGGCUUCAGCAGCCGCUGAUUUUGUCACUA